AUGAGACUUUCUCGGCCUUCAUUCAAUCCCGGGCGGACAAAAAACAUUAUCCAUGGCUUUCAGGCCUUUAUAAUUUUCCUGGCAUGGGUUCUGACCAUCGCCGUGUUCACAAAAGGCCAUGGUAUUGAUGGGCGUGAGGCCUGGUACUGGGCUUUGUGCUGGUUCAGUAUCCCCGGUCUGAUCUACCUCGUGGCAGUGCCCAUGUGGCCGCGCGCACGCCGCUUCGGAAACGUAUAUGCCUUUGCGACCGUCGACUGUCUGUAUGCUAUCUUGUGGUUCACUGCGUGGGUUUGCGUGGCCAGUUAUGUAGCAGAAGGAAAGAGCAAGGGCAAGUCAGACUCCAGCUCGAGCAGUACCUCGACCAAGAGGGAUGCCACCACCACUACCACCACUGCCAGCACCAGCACAAGCACCAGCACCAAGAGUGGAUGCGAUAACUGGGCCUACGGAAGCGCGGGUAAAUGCAAGCUCAGCACAGCCACUGUGAUCAUGGGUGUUGUCAUUUUCUUGCUCUUUAUUGUAACCGCCUUCAUGUCCUUUCGCAAUGUCGCGCAUUUCCGCCGAACCGGCACCUUGCCCGACGCCGUCUCCGAUCCUACCUUUGCUGCGCAGUCAAAGGCCGCCUUCAACCCCGCACAUGACUUUGAGGAGGAAGAAGACGACUUCCGCUCCCGCGCCGGAAUCGGCUCUUCUGUGCGUGGCGACAGAGACGAGGACUACGCUCUGUUGCAGCAGAGCGAGGUGGAUGAAUUUGGAAAUUCGCAAGCGCGCUCUGCGCUGUCGGGCACAUACGAUCCGACUGUUUCCGGGGGAAGUGUCCUCCACGACUACAGCACCAGCUACGGUGGUGCACACGGACAACAUUAUGGAACGCCGUCGGAAUUCGGAACCAAUGAAACAGUCAAAAUGACCUCCCUCGACCUCUACACACAAUACCCACUCCACCUCGACCCAACCACCAAAUCCAUCACCCUCGCACCCACAACCACCCCCUCCCCAGCACGCAGCGCCCAAGUCACCAAGCUCCGCGACAGCGCCAACGCGGCAUUCCGCAAAUCCAACCACGCGGAUGCCGCCCGUCUGUACACGUACGCUAUUGAUAUGGCGAUUGGGAGGCCGGGGUGGGAGCCGGUGACGCUCGCGAGGGAGGAGUUGGCGGGGUUGUAUUCCAAUCGCGCGCAGGCGUGGAUGAGUCAGAGGAAGUGGCCUGAGGGGUUGGUUGAUGCGAGGUGUAGUGUUGAGAGUAAGCCUGUGGGGAAUGUGAAGGCUUGGUGGAGGGGGGGACGGUGUUUGGUGGAGAUGGGGAGGUGGGAGGAGGCUAAGGGGUUGGUGGAGAAGGGGUUGGAGGUUGAGGGGAGGGGUGGGGAGGGGGAAAGGAACUUUUGGGGUUGUUGGGGGAGGUGGAGGAGGGGUUGA